GAAAUUUGCAAAAUGGCAGGAAGACGCGUGAUGACCGAGGAUCUUAAAAAUGUUGAAUUUGAAACUAGUGAAGAGGUUGAUGUUACACCAACGUUUGAUAACAUGGGCCUGAGAGAAGAACUACUUCGAGGAAUAUAUGCUUACGGAUUUGAGAAACCAUCAGCUAUUCAACAAAGAGCUGUCAAACCUAUUGUUAAAGGAAGAGAUGUUAUUGCACAAGCUCAGUCUGGAACAGGAAAGACAGCAACAUUUUCCAUAUCCAUUCUACAAUGUCUGGACACACAAGUUAGAGAAACACAAGCAUUAAUAUUAUCUCCUACCAGAGAACUUGCUACACAAAUACAGAAGGUUAUUCUAGCUUUGGGGGAUUACAUGAAUGUACAAUGCCAUUCCUGUAUUGGAGGAACAAACAUUGGCGAAGACAUCAGAAAACUGGAUUAUGGUCAACAUGUGGUAUCAGGAACACCAGGCAGAGUAUUUGAUAUGAUAAAAAGAAGAAAUUUGAGAACAAGAUCUAUAAAGAUGCUGGUGCUUGAUGAAGCAGAUGAGAUGUUGAAUAAAGGCUUCAAAGAACAGAUCUAUGAUGUAUACAGAUAUUUGCCACCUGCCACACAAGUACUACUGAUCUCAGCCACAUUGCCACAUGAGAUUUUAGAAAUGACCAGUAAAUUUAUGACAGAACCCAUCCGUAUCUUAGUCAAACGUGAUGAGUUGACUUUAGAAGGAAUCAAACAGUUCUUUGUCGCAGUAGAGAGAGAAGAAUGGAAGUUCGACACAUUAUGUGAUUUGUACGAUACAUUAACCAUCACACAAGCAGUCAUAUUCUGUAACACAAGGAGAAAAGUGGAUUGGUUAACAGAGAAGAUGAGGGAAGCUAAUUUCACUGUCUCCUCUAUGCAUGGUGAUAUGGUACAAAAAGAGAGAGAAGCAAUCAUGAAAGAAUUUAGAUCUGGGGCAAGUCGGGUAUUAAUAACAACAGAUGUAUGGGCCAGAGGUAUAGACGUACAGCAAGUUUCCCUUGUCAUAAAUUAUGAUUUACCAAACAACAGAGAAUUGUAUAUACACAGAAUUGGUCGAUCAGGAAGAUUUGGUAGGAAGGGUGUAGCCAUCAACUUUGUAAAGAAUGAUGAUAUCAGGAUAUUAAGAGAUAUUGAACAGUACUACGCUACACAGAUUGAUGAAAUGCCUAUGAAUGUUGCUGACUUGAUUUGAGACCAACAAUGAACAAAUGACUUUUCCAUGUGAGGAAAAUUACAUCUGUGACAUUCAUUAUUUUACAAGGACAUGGAUCACUUUUUAAAUCCUCAUUUUAUCAUAACUUCAGUCAGAAUCAUGUAAAUAUCAUAAAUCAUUUUUACAUAACAUGCAGUUCUGGCCUAGAAAUUUCAAGUGCAAAGUGAAUAGUUGUUUCUGCAGUAUGUUUAUAUAACUGGAUGGUUAGCAUGGCUAUUAAAGAGACUCUACAGUUUGUCAAUAGUGAAUCGUGGGAAAUUUAGUAGAAACCUGUCCAUUCUGUCAACGGAAAAUUUGUGUAUUAAUGCUGGGUCAGUGUUAAGUAUAAUAAAAAUAUUGUAAAUUUUA